GGAACGCUUCUUCAACAACUGCAGCCACCUCCGUAGCUCGCUAGCCAACAAAGUCGGAACAUUCAAGUUCUUUAGACAAUUUUGUGGUUUAUUUGUCACUAUGAUUUAAACAUACUUAUGUGGAAACAACCAGCUACCCCAUUUAAUAUUUACGUUGUAAGUCAACUAGCUUGCUGGUUAAGUUAGCACUAGUCUAGUCGCUAAUGCUAGCUAGCUAACAUCCCCGACCAUGAGUUCACUAAGCUACUCUCCUGAUAAAGAAGAGAUCUGCUGGACGGAGAAAGAAGCUUUCGUGAAAGAAGAGGAGGAAGAGAAAGAUGUCACAAUACAAAAACAAGUAGAGGGUGAGGCUGUUACCGUGAAAGAAGAAAAAGACGUUACAGAGAAAGAAGAGGAAGACGCAUUCAGAGUGAAAGAGGAAGAUGCGGUUUUUGGAGUGGAGGAUGAAGUGAAAGAAGAUGAAGACGUUUUUGGAAUGAAGGAUGAAGAGGGGGAGAUUACCGUCACAUUAGAGGAGGACGAAGAAGAGAGGACUGGAGAUCUGAUUAACACCAGUAAAUACAGAGAGAGAUGUGACUAUCGUGGAAUCUCUGGGGAGCCUCAACAGCCUCAUGAUGCUGACAGGGCAGAGAAGAGUCUCUCCAGAUCAGAACUCCUCAAGAAACACCAGCAGAGACCCACAGGGAAGAAAUCUCACUGCUGCUCUGACUGUGGGAAAUGUUGCAAAUCUUCAUCAGAACUUAAAAUACACCAGAGAACACACACAGGAGAGAAACCUUAUAGCUGUGAUCAAUGUGGGAUGAGUUUUACUAUAUCUAGCAAUCUGACUGCACACCAGAGAACACACACAGGAGAGAAACCAUAUGGCUGUGCUCAAUGUGGGAAGAGUUUUUCUACAUCUAGCCAUCUGACUGUACACCACAGAACACACACAGGAGAGAGACCAUAUCACUGUGAUCAAUGUGGAAAGAGUUUUGCCAAAUCUAGCCAUCUGACUGCACACCAGAGAACACACACAGGAGAGAAACCAUAUAGCUGUGAUCAAUGUGGGAAGAGUUUUGCUAAAUCUAACCAUCUGACUGCACACCAGAGAACACACACAGGAGAGAAACCAUAUAGCUGUAAUCAAUGUGGGAAGAGUUUUUCUACAUAUGGCUCUCUAACAAAACACAGGAGAACACACACAGGAGAGAAACCAUAUAGCUGUAAUCAAUGUAGGAAGAGUUUUUCUACAUCUGGCUAUCUAACUAACCACCAUAGAACACACACAGGAGAUAAUCCGUGCUGUGAUCAAUGUGGGAAGAGUUUUUCUACUCCUAGCUAUCUAACUAUACACCAGAGAACACACACAGGAGAGAAACCAUAUAGCUGUGAUCAAUGUGGGAAGAGUUUUUCUUCUUCUAGCUAUCUAACUAUACACCAUAGAACACACACAGGAGAGAAACCAUAUAGCUGUGAUCAAUGUGGGAAGAGUUUUACUUGGCCAAAAAGCCUGAAUAUACACAAGCGGACACACACAGGGGAAGAGAUACUCUGAUAAAAUAUCUCUGAUUAAACAUAAAAUACAUGAAGGAGUUGUUUCAUGAUAUCAAUGAAAUAAUGUCACAAUGUAGAAUGUUUUAACAUUGUAGUAGGACUAUUUAAAUGAUGUCACAAUGUAGAAUGUUUUAACAUUGUAGUAGGAGUAUUUUAUUGAUGUCACAAUGUAGAAGCCUAAACAUUUGUCCCUGUUAGACUUCCCACGUUGGUGACACACUUGAAUCAAAAUGCAACACUUCAAAAUGUAAUGAUCUGUUUUCUACAAGUUGUCCUCUAACCAGGGAUGUACACGUUACUCCCAGAUUCUGUGUGGUUUUUGAGCUGUUAGUUUUAACAGGACGUGCAACCUCAUCUCCCUUCUGUCACACAAUUGAUUUCAACAUGAUAUCGUUGAGUGAUGACAAAUAAGUCUUGCGUUCCUUCGUUUUGCAACCCCUAAAUUUAAAUGCAUCACUCCAAAAUGUAGCUGACUGUCUUCUGCAGGUUGUCCUCUAACCAGUGAGGUAAAAUGUAUCUCCCAUUUCCAUGUUUUUUUUAGUUGUGUUAGUUUCAACAGCACGUACAACCUGAUUUCCCCCCUAAUCGAUAUCAGUGAUUUAUUGCUACUUGUCAAAAGAACAGCGUUUCUGAUGCUUGUGGAGCUUGUUUAAAAAAUACAAGUAAUGUGAUUAUUGUGGCAGUUUGUGUACAUAGCACAUUUUUUGUUUAGGUUUUCAAUAUAUCACUAACUGUUUCUGCAUAUUGGUUAUUGAUUUAGACACAUUAAAACUGUGUUUUGACAUUGGGGCUAUUCCACCGAGCAAAAUGUCAAUGAAAAGAAGACUAUGCCCGACGUCCAAUAUUUGUUCGGUUGUAGUUGAAAAUAUGUACACUGCUCAAAAAAAUAAAGGGAACACUUAA